CCAGGAAGCAAAGCUGCCAUAGCCAACCUGUGUAUAGGAGACCAGAUCAUAGCCAUUGAUGGAGUGAACACAGAUAACAUGACGCACCUUGAGGCGCAGAACAAAAUCAAGGGUUGUGCAGAUGAGCUAACUCUGACGGUCAGCAGAACUGAGUCAAAAGUCUGGUCACCGCUUGUAAAUGAAGAGGGGAAGACACAUCCUUAUAAGAUGAAUCUGGCCUCUCAGCCACAGGAAGUAAGGCACAUAGGAAGUGCACACAACCGGAGCGCAGUGCCCUUCACUGCUGCCACAGCUUCUGCCCCCAGAGUGAUCACUGCUCAGUACAACAGCCCAGCAGGCCUGUACUCCUCAGAGAACAUCCAAACUUUCAACAGCGCAGUGGAGACAAAGACAUCACCUGGGGCCCCAGAGCCUACCAAGCUUUUAGAUCAGCAUAACCAGCCCCCAGGCAGCAUCGCAAUAGACAGAGAAUCUGAGGUUUACAAGAUGCUCCAGGAGAAUCAAGAGUCAAAUGAGCCACCCAGACAAUCUGCUUCCUUCCUUGUGUUGCAAGAGAUUUUGGAGUCAGAAGAGAAAGGAGACUCUACCAAACCAUCUGGAUUUAGGAGUGUCAAAGCCCCUACAACAAAGGUGGCCUCAUCGAUUGGGAAUGCCCAGAAGCUGCCCAUGUGCGAGAAGUGUGGAUCUGGCAUUGUAGGGGUGUUUGUGAAGAUCCGGGACAAGCAGCGUCACCCCGAGUGCUACGUGUGCAGCGACUGUGGCACCAACCUCAAGCAGAAAGGACACUUCUUCGUGGAAGACCAAAUCUACUGCGAGAAGCACGCACGGGAGCGGGUGAUUCCUCCAGAGGGUUACGAGGUGGUCACUGUCUUCCCAAAGUAAGCCAGGCUGCUCACAAACCCAGUAUGGAUGGUUCCUUCUCUGCUGCUUUUCCUUGGAAAGCAUCACCCCUGUCUACCCCCUGCCAAAUCUUGUUUGCAAUAAGGACUGCUAGGCAUGGCUUUGAAUUUCCCAGCCAUUAUUAGUCCUCCAUCUGUUCACAUGUCACUAAUUGUUCAACAUUUUUCCUGUCUCCUUUUUCACUGUUUGGGUGGGUUUUUUAAAUAUACAGAUUUUUCUUCAUUUUUCCCCCUCCUUUGUGCUGUCAAUCACGCAGGAAAAUUAGCAGCCAAAUCAGAUUAUAACUCAUCUGUAUCACAGGUAUUUGCCUUCUGUUUGCAUUCAAUAAAUGGGGUGAAUUCACAA